AUGGCCCAGAAGGUUCACGUGUUCUGUGUCCCGUUCCCGGGUGCGGGCCAUGCAGUCAAUAUGUUCAACGCGGCUUUAACGAUUGCGAAUCAUGAAAUCAUCACGCACGUUCUUGUCAUGAGUAUGAAAGAAGCGGAGAGGUGGAUGAAAGCCACCGGCCAGGAUGAUAAUCCUAACACGCAACUGGAACUUCUUGCAAACGGCAAGUGGGAAGACUGGCACCCAGAAGAGCCGAGAGAACUGGUAAUGCAAGUUCGCUCCCCCGAAUUCGAUCAGGCAGUACGUGCCACGAUUGAAGACGUCAAGCGUCGGUUCCCUGCUGACAGAGCGACCGCUCUUGUGUGCAAUGCUCUCAUGGGGACGAUGCCGGAGUUGGCCAAGGCAUAUCGAUUACAGCUUUACAUCUUACAGCCCACUGCCAGUGAGUCAAUUUCCUUAUCAGAUGCCAUGUACUACGUACUCCACAAGACACCUUGA